GCAUCUUUGCUGGUGGAGCGCCUCGUCAGCGACUUCGACCUCGCGCCCGAGCCCCUGCGCAAGGCACCGACCUACAAGGAAACGGUGACAAAGCAUGCUUGCUGUGCUGCCAUGCUGCACUUCCUCGGCCUCUUGGAAGCCAUGUGCCCCGGCAAAGAGUUUCCUGAACUCCGGGGGCAGCUCAUGCAUCAGUUCCAUCACGGCUACUUGGACACGGACCUUGUCCACGUCCUUGAGAGCGCCGUGCCGCCAGCAGAUCUGAAAUCUGUUUCCGCCUUCAGGGCGGUGGUGGUCCAGAUCGAGACCCAGGCACAGGCGGAGAUGGAUGCGACGCAGGCAGAGCAUGCGCGGCAAGUCCGCGAAGCCACCCUGGCCCAGAUCACCGCCUUGGUCGAGUCUGACAUCAAGGCAUUGCGGCAGCGGACCCCAGACCAUGUGCUCAAGGCCAUCGCUGCGGCAAAGGAUUUGAAGUACGUCAAGGACAGGCAAAUGCAAGGCGACAACUUUGUGCACACGUGGAUGGCCGAGUACUGCCACUGCGAGAUGCUGGACGAGACGCUCAGCUGCAAAGGCAACAAUGUCCUGCCCAACGUGCUCAAAUACCUGGGCCAGUUCCGUGGCAUCGCGGGCACGCAGCCACUCGAUCAAGUGUUCUGGGCCUUCGGAGUUGUUGUUUUCUAUCAAGCGGCCUGGGAUGACCGCUUCCAAUUCAGGUACGUGUUGUGCCUUUGCGAUUACACGGUGCUGCCAGCGAAUGUAGAUUACGUGAGGGACUCCGUGGAGCUGCUGGCAAACUUGCUUGCCAGCAGCUCCAACAACGUGGGCCUCUUGCAGCUUCCGCUGCCGCAUCGCUCGAUGGCUUCGUCAACGAGCGUCAAGCACAGGCGGACCGUGGAGGACUUGUUGCUGAAGGCAAAGAUCAAUGCAGACUCCGUGACAGCCCUGCUUUUCGAGAAGCCUGCCGACGCAAGUGCAUCUGACAAGCGGUCCCUGACGCAAACCUGCUUGACCUGCCUCUUCAGUGGCUUCGAUGCAACAAGCUGGAGCGCUUCGCGAGUCUUGCAAGAGUGCCGAAUGGGACCCUUCCCGCUCCUGAAAGUCGCGGACUUCCUGGGCUACGAGACCUCGCGGAAGGGAGUGCCGCUGCAUGAGGGCAUCCUCGAUGCUUUCAUGGAUGGCAUGGGCUUCUCCGAAACGGACAGGCUGGUGAUCGUGGACCUCUGUCCCAACAGGCAAGCCGAGUUUGCCCGCGCGGCCGUGAACAAGAUGAUUGCGAGCGAAGGCAAGAGUUGCAUGCGCUACGUCGGCCUCUUCCGCCCGGAGCAUGCUGAUGUGAAAGCGGAGCUCAGCGGCAAGAUCUACUCCUGGUGGGAUAACAGCAGCGCCGCCCCUGCAAAGAGACGCGCUGGAGAUGAUGUCGAUUUGGAGGCGGCGACCGUGCAGCUGCAGAUCCUUUCCUUGCAGGGCUCCAAGCCCAUAUGGCCGUCUUCGCUUGAGGACAAGUUUCCGUGCGGUACCCCGGAGCAUGCAAAGCUCCUGGCAUUGCGCCAGGAGUUUUUGAAUGAGUUCCCGAAGCCGCGAGCUCUGAGCCAGAUGGGCCGACAGGCCUCUUCGGUCAGCCAGCAGACCCAGCGCCUGGCUGCGGAGUGCGACUACUCGCAGGAUGGAGAGCCGCUGGACGUUGAGCGGUGCGUGGACCUCGCAACGGUCCCCGUCGCAGAGCUGAAGGAGACCAUGCUACCACUUGAUGAUGACGAAGCCCUGUUUGGGUUCAGAUAUGAUGUGGCCCCGACCGUGAGCUGCAAGACGAGUGUCUUCAAGCCAGCAGCGUUGAGCAAAGAGGAGACAGAGAAUGUCCGUGCUGUCUCCCUCGCCGCUCUCUUCAGUGGUAACUAUGACCGCUUGCCCCGCAACAAGAUUGCCACUGUGGCUUGGGAGGCCGUCGUGCUGCAACCACUGCGGGCUUUUCAUUAUGUCUGUAUAAUUACUGUUGCAGCAGCAAACGAUAAAAGGUUGUCGGGCAUCCUCCGUGGAGUCAAUCGUGUCAUUGAGCAGAUUACUUUGGUUCAGCUGUCAUUGUUUAUGUUGCAGGUGACGGUGAGCGGGACACCGCCCAAGAUCAUGCCGAUCAAGCCGAAGAUCUACUUGACCUGCAGCGUGCGACUGCCUCCGCAAAGUUGGUGCAAGGUCAGCUCCUGA